AUGCAGAUCUUCGUCAAGACGCUGACGGGGAAGACCAUCACGCUCGAGGUGGAGAGCAGCGACACGAUUGAGAAUGUGAAGGCCAAGAUUCAGGUGCGGGUGCCAAGCAGCGGGUGCCAGGGCACCGCUUUCCGCCAGUGCGGGGCUCCCACAGCCGCCUCAGCUGCAUGCUCGGGUGCACCCACCCAACUGCCUGCGCUCGCUGUGGCCCCACGCUGCCAGCAGGACAAGGAGGGGAUCCCGCCCGACCAGCAGCGCCUGAUUUUUGCGGGCAAGCAGCUGGAGGAUGGCCGCACCCUGGCCGACUACAACAUCCAGAAGGAGUCCACCCUGCACCUGGUGCUGCGCCUGCGCGGCGGC